AUGGGCUGGUUAUGGUCUUCGACACCUCCCAGCGAGGACAAACCGUCUGCGCCAGUCAAAGAGACACCUCCCACCACAUUAACAGCUCCAAUUCCAACCUCGACUUCAAACUCAACUUCAACUCCUUCCUCCAACUCAAACACCGACCCCGAAAUCCAGAAAUUCCUCGACCUCUUCGAAUCCGAAAAGAACACCAAGCCUUCGCCUCCCACACAAGAAGACGGCCAACAGUCCUCCAAAAUACCAUCAUGGCUCUCCCUCAAGAAGUCAUCCCGUCCCUCCGCCCCCAAACCCUCCGAUAUUCCUCCGCGCGACGCCCUGUCUGAAGCCCUCCUCCCAGCCGAUAUGUCCUGCCGACAGGCUUUCGACCAAGCAUGGGCGUGCAAUUCGAUGGGCGGACAAUUCAACGCCGUGUAUCGCUAUGGCGAAAUGCGAUCAUGCAGCGAGAACUGGGACGACUUUUGGUUCUGCAUGCGCACGAGGGGUUACUCUGCUGAACAGCGACAGAAAGCUAUCAAAGAGCAUUAUCGUGCGAAAGAGUUCGUCAAGUAUGGACCUGGGAAGCCGAGUAGUGAAGAUGUCUGGGAGAGCAGAGAUGAGAAGGUGCUGGAAGGGACAACCUUCAAUGCGCCUGUUGAAUAA